CUAAGCUAGCCUGUUUCUGUCUGGUCGGACAGGGGUUAGACUGCUAAGCUAGGCUAGGCUAAGCUAGCUUGUUUCUGUCUGGUCGGAGCGUAGUGAGACCUGCCAUCAUGCAGGACCUGAUAGCCACCGUGGACCACAUCAAGUUUGAUCUAGAGAUGGCUGUGGAGCAGCAGCUGGGGGCUCAGCCUCUCCCUUUCCCCGGGAUGGACAAGUCCGGGGCUGCUGUGUGUGAGUUCUUCAUGAGAGCAGCCUGUCUCAAAGGUGGGAUGUGUCCGUUCCGUCACAUCAGUGGGGAGAAGACUGUGGUGUGUAAACACUGGCUCAGAGGACUCUGUAAGAAGGGAGACCAGUGUGAGUUUCUACACGAGUACGACAUGACCAAGAUGCCUGAGUGUUACUUCUACUCCAAGUUCGGUAAGAGAGACCUCAGACAUCACGAUGAGAGAGACAACACUACAUAAAGAGAGACCUAAAGACAACAACACUACAUAG